ACAUUUUUAUUGAUUGAUGAGUUAAUGAAUGUAUACAAUUUGAUGUAAAUAGAAGUAAUGUAAAAGAGUAUGAUACAAAUUCAUAUUCAUAUUUCUCUUACGCAUUGCAUCAUGUUUCUCCUCAAGGCUUGGAGAUCAGCAGCUUUUGGGAUGUAUGGAUACCUAAACUUCACCAAGGCUGGUUUCAUGGAACAUUCUAAAAACUUUAAAGCCGAAGAUAUGAAGGUGAGAUUGGAUGGAAAGAACUGUAUUGUUACUGGAGCAAAUAGUGGCAUUGGGUUUGCAACUGCUCAGGACCUUGCUUCAAGAGGAGCAUCUGUCUACUUGCUGUGCCGUAGUAAAGAGAGAGGAGAAGCUGCUCUUUCUAAAAUCCAAACUGAAACCGGAAACCAGAAUGUUUACUUGGAGAUAUGUGAUCUAUCUUCUUUGAGUGAAAUAAAGUCGGUCAGUGCAAAAUUUGCUUCAAAGGGUACCCCUCUUCACGUUUUGGUCAACAAUGCUGGCAUUCUUGAAAAUAAUCGUAUCACAACUUCUGAAGGCUUUGAGCUAAAUUUUGCUGUGAACGUAUUGGGAACUUAUGCCAUGACAGAGUUGAUGUUGCCUCUAUUAGAGAAGGCUGCCCCUGAUGCACGAGUAAUUACAGUUUCUUCUGGUGGGAUGUACACUUCUCCUUUGACAAAAGAUUUGCAGUUCAGCGAGGGAAAAUUUGAUGGGGUGAUGCAGUAUGCUCGAAACAAGCGUGUUCAGGUUGCUUUAACAGAAAAGUGGGCUGAAAAGUACAAGGAUAAGAACAUUGCAUUCUAUGCAAUGCAUCCAGGUUGGGCCGAGACACCUGGAGUUGCAAAAAGUUUGCCAAGUUUUUCAGAAAGAUUUUCUGGGAAACUUCGAACAUGGGAAGAAGGUGCUGAUACCAUAAUAUGGUUGGCUUUACAACCCAAAGAGAAAUUGGUCCCUGGUGGAUUCUACUUUGACAGAGCUGCAGCACCUAAGCACUUGCCAUUUGCAGCUACUGCUGGAUCUCAUUCUAUUAUUGAUUCAAUCGUUGAGGACCUUCGCUCUUUGUCCGGAAUUCCAUCAUAAUUCAAAUAAUUAUGCGUGCGAGAAUGCACCUUCAUCUCUCUUUUUCAUAAUUGGCUCUCUGUACGCUUGGUCUGUGUAGGUUUAUAGACUAACAAAUAUUAAAACCAUAAUAAUGGAGUAAAGAUAUUGAAUUAUAAUGAGAAAAUGUUACUCCCUUUGUUCCU